GGGCCCUGACCUGGAAGCGGCUGGGUCCCGGGCACACGUGUUUCGGUGAGUGUGGCGGAGAUGGGGAGCCGGGAACCCACCCAGCCCCUGUCGCCCGGAGACGCGACGCAGAACAGCGCCCGGCCUGCCGACCGCCACGGCCUGUUGAAACACAGCCGCGAGUUCUUGGACUUCUUCUGGGACAUUGCGAAGCCUGAGCAGGAGACGCGACUUGCGGCCACGGAGAAGCUGCUGGAGUAUCUGCGCGCUAGGCCGAAGGGGUCCGAGAUGAAAUACGCCUUGAAGCGGCUAAUCACGGGACUCGGGGUCGGACGAGAAACAGCUCGGCCCUGCUACAGUUUGGCCCUCGCACAGCUGUUACAGUCUUUUGAAGACCUCCCUUUGUGCAGCAUUCUGCAGCAGAUACAAGAAAAAUAUGACCUGCAUCAGGUGAAGAAGUCAAUGGUGAGACCUGCUCUCUUUGCAAACCUGUUCGGAGUGCUUGCCCUCUUUCAAUCAGGCCGGCUGGUGAAGGACCAGGAGACGCUGAGGAAAUCGGUGAAGCUGCUGCAGGCCCUGGCCCAGUACCAGAACCACUUGCAGGAGCAGCCCCGGAAGGCCCUGGUGGACAUUCUCUCCGAGGUCUCGGAGGCCACGUUGCGGGAGAUGCUGCCAGAGAUCCUCAGCACCGACUUGGAUGUGAUGCUCAGUUGCCCUGAACAGCUGGGGCUCUUCCUCCUGGCCCAGCAGAAGGUGCCCUCUAGGCUCAAGAAGCUGGUGGGAUCCGUCAACCUAUUUUCGGAUGAGAAUGUUCCCAGGCUGGUGAACGUGCUGAAGAUGGCAGCGUCCUCCGUGAAGAAGGAGCGCAGGCUGCCCGCCGUCGCUCUGGAGCUGCUCCGCCUGGCGCUCAAGGAAGACAAGUUUCUGCGGUUCUGGAAGGGGGUGGUGGAACAGGGGCUGCUGAAGCUGCAGUUCUGGCCAGCCAGCUACCUGUGUUUCCGCCUGCUGGGCGCCGCCCUUCCCCUGCUGACCAAGGAGCAGCUGCAGCUGGUGAUGCGAGGAGACGUGAUCCGACAUUACGGAGAGCACACGUGCACGGCCAAGCUCCCAAACCAGUUCAAGUUCGCCCCGGAGAUGGAGGAGUACGUGGGCACCUUCCUAGAGGGAUGCCGGGAUGACCCUGAGCGGCAGCUGGCCGUGCUGGUGGCCUUCUCAUCCACCACCAACCACGGCCUCCCCGUGGUGCCUACCUUCUGGCGGGUCGUGCGGUUCCUGAGCCCUCAGGCCCUACAGGGCUACGUGGCCUGGCUGCAGGGCAUGUUUCUCCAGCCGGACCUGGACUCCUUGAUUGACUUCAGCACCAACAACCAGAAGAAAGCUCAGGAUGCAUGGCUGCACGUGCCUGAGCGAGCUGUGUUCCGGCUGCGGAAAUGGAUCAUCCUCCGACUGGUGAGCCUUGUGGACAGCCUGCACCUGGAGAUGGAAGAGUCCUUGAUGGAGCAGGUGGCCAGGUUUUGUUUGUUCCAUUCGUUCUUCGUCACAAAGAAGCCCACAUCCCAGAUCCCCGAGACAAGGCAGCAGCUCUCCCUCCCUUUGGAAAGUCAGGCCCGCGAGGCCGUCAGCAGCGCCUUCUUCAGUCUGCUGCAGACCCUCAGCACGCAGUUCAAGCCGGCAUCGGAGCAGACCGGGGGCGGGCCGCCCUGGACCUACCGCCUGGUGCACUUCGCAGACCUGCUGCUGAAUCACAGCCACAGCGUGACCCCCGUGACACCCCUCACUGCGCAGCAGCGCCAGGCCUGGGACCGGAUGCUGCAGACUCUGAAGGAGCUGGAGGCCCCCUCCUCAGAGCCCAGGGCUGCCGCCUUCCAGCACCUUCUGCUGCUCGUGGGCAUCCACCUCUUCAAGUCCCCUACAGAGAGCUGUGACCUGCUGGGUGACAUCCAGACCUGCAUCAGAAAGAGCCUGGGAGAGAGGCGCCGUGGGAGCCGUACCAAGGCCAUCGACCCCCAGGAACCCCCAUGGGUAGAGGUGCUGGUGGAGAUCCUGCUGGCCCUGCUGGCCCAGCCCAGCCACCUCAUGCGUCAAGUGGCCCGGAGCGUGUUCGGCCACGUCUGCUCCCACCUGACCCCGCGUGCCCUACAGCUGAUUCUGGAUGUGCUGAACCCCGAGACCAGUGAGGAUGAGGAUGACCAUGUGGUGGUGACAGACGAGUCUGACGAGCGGUGGCUGAAGGCCGCAGAGGACAAGAGCGAGGACAGCGAGGAGAACAGAGGCUCGGAGAGUGAAGACGAGAGCGAUGGGGGAGAGAGCGAGGAGGAGGAGCGUGACGGGGACGUGGACCAGGGCUUCCGGGAGCAGCUAAUGAGCGUGCUGCAGGCUGGGAAGGCGCUGGGUGGAGAGGAGAGCGAGGACGAGGAGGAGCUGGGGGACGAGGCCAUGAUGGCCCUGGACCAGAGCCUCGCCAGUCUCUUUGCCGAGCAGAAGCUGCGGAUCCAGGCCCGGCGAGACGAGAAGAGCAGGCUGCAGAAGGAGAAGGCGCUGCGGCGUGACUUCCAGAUUCGGGUGCUGGACCUGGUGGAGGUGCUGGUGACCAAGCAGCCCGAGAACGUCCUGGUCCUGGAGCUGCUGGAGCCGCUGCUGGGCAUCAUCCGGCGCAGCCUGCGCAGCAGCAGCUCUAAGCAGGAGCAGGACCUCCUGCACAAGACAGCGCGCAUCUUCACUCACCACCUGUGCCGUGGCCGUCGCUACUGCCACGACUUGGGUGACCGCGUCGAGGCCCUGCAUGGCCAGGUGGCGCGGCUGGUGGAGCAGGCUGGCCGCCAGCCCGACUCCUCCACCGCCCUCUACCACUUCAACGCCUCCCUCUACCUGCUCCGGGUCUUGAAGGGCAGCACUGCUGAGGGGCGCGUGCACGAGACGCAGGAGGAGCUGGAGGCUGGCACCGACCCCAGCCCCGCGCCUGAGGGCCCGCAGGCUGCCGGCUGCCUGGACUUGAACCUUGCAAUGCACGUCUACUCGUCAGCACUGAGCUCCUUCCUGACCAAGCGCCACAGCCCCCUCACGGUCCCCAUGUUCCUGAGCCUCUUCUCCCGGCACCCGGUGCUCUGUAAGAGCCUGCUCCCCGUCCUGAUCCAGCACAUCACAGGCCCAGGGCGGCCCCGCCAGCAGGCCCAGGCCUGCCUGCUGCUCCAGAAGACCCUGUCCAUGCGGGAGGUGAGGUCGUGCUUCCAGGACCCCGAGUGGAAGCAGCUCAUCGGCCAGGUCCUGACAAAGGUCACGGAGAACCUGCGCGCACUGGGGGAGGCGCAGACCAAGGCGGAGCACCAGCAGGCGCUGUCCUCCCUGGAGCUGCUCAAUACUCUCUUCAGGACCUGCAAACACGAGAAGCUGACCUUGGACCUGACGGUGCUCCUGGGCGUGCUGCAGGGGCAGCAGCAGGGCCUGCAGCAGGGCGCGCACUCCACCGGCUCCAGCCGCCUGCUCGACCUCUACUGGCAGGCCAUGAAAACCCUGGGAGUCCAGCGCCCCAAGUUGGAGAAGAAGGAUGCCAAGGAGAUCCCCAGCGCCACCCAGAGCCCCAUCAGCAGGAAGCGGAAGAAAAAGGGCUUCUUGCCAGAGACAAAGAAGCGCAAGAAACACACGUCGGAGGACGGCACGCCUGCAGCCACCGGCGGGAGCCAGCCCCCCGGCACGGGCAGGAAGAGGAACAGGACAAAGGCCAAGGUCCCGGCCCGGGCCAACGGGAUGCCUACCACCAAGAGCCCAGCCCCUGGCACCCCCACCCUGAGCCCCAGCACCCCUGCCAAGUCCCCAAAACUGCGGAAGAACAACCAGAAGCUGUCCCAGAUGAAUGGAGCUCCCGGCUCCCCGACGAAGCCUGCAGGCCAAAAGCACCACCACGAGGCUCUUCCCAAAAAGGGGGUCUUGGACAAAUUGCCACCUUCCACACUGGCACGGAAAAAAGCAAGGCCGCCUUUGGUCAUCAGGAGCCCCAGCCUGCUCCAAAGUGGGAGCAAGAAGAAGAAAGCACAGCUGAGGAAGGCCGGGAAGCCCUGAGUGCAGGCCACCCUCAGCCUCCGUCUGCCCAAGUCUUCUGUUUUUCCACCAUGCUUUGAAUAUACAAGCCACUUCUAAGGCUCUGUCCCCAGGGAGGGUGUCACUGCCUGCCCAGGCAUCCUGCUCUGGUAAGCACAGCCCAAGCCGUUCCUGCAUGGGUCCCAGGAUGCAGAGACCCCCCUGGUUCUAGGCUGGGACUGUGGCUUCAGGGCCCUGUGGGCCAGGUCCAGGGCUCUGGGGUUCACCUGGGUGGGUACAGGGUGACAUGCUGGCUGCAGGCUGGGUACAAGUGUGACCGUCACUCACAUCUCUCCCCCACCCCCAGGCUUUUUUGCUGAGGGAGCCACAGGGAGUGAUUUAAAUAGGUUUAUUUCUUCAUUUACAAGAGGAAUAUAUUUGGCUUCUCUCUUAAGACUCUGAGAUUCACAAUCAAUCAGCAGCUCUAAAAAAUAAAGGAGCAGUUUGGCUUCCGGAAGGAAGAGGAGGCAACA